AUGUCGCAGACGCAAGUCUCGAUGUACUGUCAACAGCCGUUCCGCGCAAAUCAAAAUACUACGAGACUCAACAAAACUCCCCCAGAGCAGCAACUCAGUACGGGCAUUGCGGCAGACUACUGUUCACCCGAAACGCGUCAUACCGUUGUCUCAGGACCGACUCAUGCGGACAUCCCGAUACCUCUCCAUCAAGAUGAGCUUGAUGACAGUCCUCACAUCGUUGGCCCGGCUGUCACCAGCGACAGUCACGUAUUAGCUGAUUACUUGAGUACGGUUCGUCAUGGCUCGCGUUCAACGCCCAUGGUUCGCCCCAUGCUCGGCGGUGAUGCUGAGCCGGUUAUCUUCACCCGCGUUCAGCCUCGUCCAUUGGGAAUGACAGUUGACCCAACACCGCCUUCAUUGCAACUCCAGAUGCUUGAAAAGCUGCUUGAACCGUGGACUGACAGGCUAGUCGACUUGUAUCUGUCAAAAGCCAACGUCUGUUUUCCUCUACUAGACGAGGACUCUUUUCGUGACCAAUACCGAAGCGCUAGAGACCGCAUCUCUCCCGCCGUGCUAGCCUGCCUCUACGCCAACAGCCUGACGUAUUGGAAGUUCGAUCCAAUACAUUCGUCUGAGCGAUGUCCUGACCAGCGCUUCGCCUGGAAUCUGGCUUGCCAAGUUCUGUACUCCGAACUGCGUCACUCACCAGGCAUAUCUAGCAUUGUCGCGAGCUUGCUCAACGUCGGAGGACGGCCCACUACUUCAAUGCUCGGCAACGGUGUUCAACUUGGAGCAGCUAUCUCACUAGCUCAUUCUCUGGGUCUCAACCGGAAUCCACUACCAUGGCACAUUCCGCAAUCCGAAAAGUUUCUUCGGAUGAAGAUUUGGUGGUGCCUCUUGAUUCAUGACAGAUGGUCAAGCUUAGCCUACGGUACCCCUCCGCGCCUACGUAGCGAUCAGAGUGAUGUUCCUUUGCCUAUCGUUGAAUAUCUAAGCGCGAAUGGCCAAACUUCAACAAAAGCUCAGGCUUCAGCUGUGUUUGUUGCCCUCGUAGGCCUGACUCAGCUGCUGGAGGUCUUCCUUGACAAUGUUUACCGGAUCAAACUCUCGCCCUCCGAUCUUCCUGUGGAUGACCUUGAAGCGCGGCUGGGUCAUUGGGUAGACACUCUCAAAGGAGACACGAGGAAGGUUAUUCUCCGAGGCACUCACUUGGACAGCCCUGGAGCCUCGAAUCUGAGGCUGGCAUAUUUAUCAACCAAGUUGCUUCUCCGACGCAUUGAACUGAAUCACGACAAGCAAGCAGCUGACGCUCAAGCACUGAAGAUCGAUCGUCGUUAUUCAGAAGUCCGCCACACUGCUGAAGAAAUCGUUUCUCUUGUGCAGGAGCUCGAGGACACCCAGCUCGGCGACUUUUGGUUGCCCGUCGCAGCUUUCACUUUCUCACAUACUGUCACCUUUCUGAUUCGCUGUGCUCUCGAAACGGAAGACGACCCCGUGAGCCUUUCUCAGAGUCCGUCCUUGCAUCUGGCGAAAGAACUCUUGGAUGCGCUUCGUCAGCAUCAAGAUCGUCAUGGGUGGGAUCUCGCUGAUAUCAGUCUUGCGCAGCACACGGAGGUUGUGGACAAGCUGUUGACACCUGAUACCGGCUGA